UCCCUGAGCUAGCCGGCUGGUUUGGUGAACACCCACCAACGUUGCCGUCUCCUGCGCGAGAUCGUUCAACGCCUCCGCUCAUUGGCAAACCAAGAGGAGCUCGGCAGGUCAUACCAAGGAUGGACGUCGACGACCUCCAGGUGCCGCUGCGAGGGUUUGAAGACGUGACGCCCAUCCCUCAGGACGAUGGUCCUGAUCCUGUUGUGUCUAUUGCCUACAGGCACAACUACACGGUCGCCACGGACUACUUGAGAGCGUUCCAGGCCUCGGGAGAAACCAGCGAGAGGGCGCUAGCCAUAACAAGGCUGGUCCUCGAGUACAAUGCCUCUCACUACACCGCCUGGUGGUUCCGUCGAAGGUGUCUCUUCGCGCUGGGAAUGGACCUGGCGAACGAACUAGAAGUGGCGGAAGACAUCGCCGGGGACAACCCAAAGAACUACCAGGUUUGGUAUCACCGGCGAGCCCUCGCGGAACACAGGGGAAACCCGGGCGAUGAGCUAGCGUACGUCGAUCAGGUCGUGGAGGAAGACCCCAAGAAUUACCACGCCUGGUCGCAUCGACAAUGGCUGCUGCAGGCAUGUCUUGAAUUCCGAAUGCUGGACACGCAGGAGGGGCGAAACUUGGAGCUGUCCGUAGUAGACGCUCUCCUGCAGCAAGACCUGAGGAACAACUCGGCGUGGAAUCACAGGUGGUUCGUCAUGCACUCUGCCCUGGGCACCAAGGGGUCGCUAUCAGACGAGGCCGUCAAAUCUGAGCUGGCGUACGCGCUGGGGUUCGCCAAAACCGCGCCUAGCAACGAGAGCCCGUGGAACUACCUGAGGGCGUUUUUCCGGACGGGGGGCAGGGCGUUCAAAGACUUCCCGGAGGUGAAGGAAGCGGCUCUAGCGAUGCAGAAGACCGAGGCCGGCGCGAAGAGCCCUCACGUGUUCAGCUUGCUGGCCGAGGUGUACGAGAAAGAAGGCACCGAAGACUCCCUCACGAAGGCGAUCGCCGCCUUCCAGCACCUCAGGGACACGCUGGACGAAGUGAGAGCGAGGUACUGGGAGAGCCGCCUGCGCGCCGCAGCGACUCGACGGCGGCAGGUUGGCGGUGCUGGCGGUAGUGUCGCCGCGCCCGCUGCUGCUGCUGCUGCUGCUGUGGAGACGGCAUCGGAAGGAGCAGCGUUGUGACCCCCUGUUUUUUUGGGUACGCAGCGGACUGGUGUAGAGGGGCUUCGAGAUGCUGUGCCCCUUCCGUUUUCACCUGGGGGGUAGUGAUGGCUUGCUUCGAUGCCUUUUUUUUACUUGACAGCCCCGCAGCCGCGUUUGUUUUUCAUCUUCAACGAUUGGUAUUUAGAACCCCGAUAUCACGCCCUCUAAGCGGGAAAUGGUUCUGGGUAAUUCGUUCUUGCCGAACGCUCGCUUCGCUACAGCAGCGCCGUCGGAAGCCUUGCGAGGAAGAAAUCAGUCUGGUAGUUGGCGUAGUCAGAGUGCCGUACGUUGUGGUAGAGCCUACAUUGGGGUUUUUCAACUGUUCUCGUGUGUUGUGUGGGUGUUCACGUUUGAAGAAUAUUUCGAGUGUAAAUCUGAAAGUGUUGGUCUUGGAGCGGUAUGUGUAUGCGCCCCUCUGCCAAGGGGUGUUAACAGUGGCAUGGGACCCUCGCGCUGGCUAGAAGCAGAGAAUGAUCGUAGGGUGCUCUCCGACCGCCCGUGGCCUGUCUGCCCCGACGUAGCGUACCAUUUACGCCGCAUGGCUUUGUUCGGUGCGCCUUUAAUUUGGGCAACACAUUCACGCAUGUAUGUAUGUGUUCCUCUCUAUGUAAGCGACGCUGGGAGCGGACGCUAGAAGUACAAAAAAAGCAAUUACCGGUAGCUCCCGCACUUGAAAACCUCUAGUGUAGUUAUGGCCAAGGCCGGUAUUUACUUACGGCCAAGGCCGGGGUUGUUAGUUCCUUCGGUGAGGCAUCAAAUGUGGCCGCUACGUAUAGGUUUGAAUGCAGGGGUCAACAAACGGUGCUGCUCAAGUUUUUUUUUUUGGGUGUGAUAAUAAUAUCAAGCAUGCCGGCGCUAGCUGCUGUACAUGUGAUUUCGUGGAUACGAAUAAGCAGUGGAGGGCAUGAACUCUCGGAAACGACUGAACCGAAAGCGAGUCCUGACGGUUAUCUGACGGUACAUGUUCCAGAUGGUAUGUGGUUCUGAACCCCCCCCGUACGCACAACUUUUAUUGCUUUUUUUGCGCCACGCCUACCCAAGCAGUUGAUUGAGCGUUUUUCUCCUUAUGUACCUGGUAUGUACUUUCAUCCCACCGAUCAGUGCACUCGCCAAAAAUGCUUUGGCCGAAACUUGCCAGCCCGAGCGUGGAGCCAGACUGGUCAGCGCGGACUCGUCUAAUGGUUUGAUUUC